AUGGGACUGAUCACAGACUUCUUUGGAGGGAAAGCUUGUAUGCUGGCUGCUUUGUCUGGACAGCAGGUAUCUCCAGAUCCUUUCCCCUGUUGCUGCUGCUGCUGUCUCCCAAUGGUGGCCAUCAGCAGGUACACCAGAAACACUUGCAUCCAAUCUGGGAUUGUUGUCCGCAGCAUCUUGUUCUUUGUCACUCUGGUCCUAUGGACAGAUGAACAGUAUGACUAUGGUGAUGUGGAUUCAGUCAACCCCAACCUGUAUGUGAACGGUAUCAUAUCCGUGUCGACCUUCGUGUCCUUCUACAGCCACCUUCUCUUUUAUAAAGCCACUAAGAGUGCUUUACAUGGUUAUGGGCUGAGAGCCAAGUUCAUCUGCGUCAUUGUGGUGUUGGUGCUGUGUGGCCUGCAGAGUGGCAUCUUAGAGACCAUGGGUGAUCUGGAGGUUAUCCCCUGCACACCACCCUUCUCUGUCCUGACCAGGUCCCAGUUGAUCUACCACUACUGUGUGAUUGUGGAGAUGUUCUGCAUCGGCCUCUAUGCCCGCCACACUUUCCGUAAGGUGGAGCCGAGCGUGGUGGAGGAUGUAGAGGGGCCCGUCAGAGUCUGGCAGGAGGAAAAGGCUGUUCAAACAGAUGACGAUCAGAUGACACAUCACAGGCCCGGCCUGCUCGGCCGCUGCCUCGCCAGUGCCUCCAAUCCCAGUAACAGCAGUGACAGCGAGGACAGCCUGUGCAGGAUAGAGCAUGCACCUCUGGAUGGUUUCCCCUUCCCUCAGGCCAGAGGUCAACAGCCAGGCAGGCCAGAACCAGUGGAACCCAGGUUUGCAGAGGAACCGGGUGUAGAUCUGACCCACAUUACUGUCAGGGCUGAUAUUAACUAUCAGGACUCUAAGGAUGUCACUGUGGUUUGACCAACUAUGGAGGACCUUUAAUAAAAGACUGAGUAAGUUUACAUUCAACCACUGAAGAUGCUGGUACUGACGAGGGUCUGUGUGGGGCCCCAAGGACCUGGACUAUGAUAAAUAGGUCAAAAAGUGACACACUUACCCAACAUAUAGGAAACUGUGCCAACUGUAAACUGCUGGCACAAGCUUUAGCAGAAUGAGGAUCAAUGUAGAAGUCUUGGGAAAUGUUGCUCUUUGUAAUCCCUGGAUGUGUUUUGUUAUGUAUUUUUAAUAUUUUUUGCUUUGCAGUUGUGUAUACCUCACACACUAAUCCUCAUAAUUUGUGGAAGAUAAAAGGCAUGAUGAAUACAUGAGAAGAAACGGUGGCCCUUUAAAGUCCUGUGCCACAAUAUACAGAUUACCUUGCUGCAUGUACCUGCAGCAUUGCUUCUCCUCGAUCUACUGUUGCUUGGAUAUCAUUUAAAUGUGGCUUUUGGUGAAAGUGUCUGCCAAAUGAAUGAUAGCUUUUCCCCCAGGCAUCGACUGUUUGUACACUGGUUCUACAUUUAAAGUCCAACUGAAAUGAAAUGACAUCUUUGUUUGAUGUACUAGUAACUACAGCAUACAUGUCUGAUGUGUAAAUCACAUAAAACCAUGACAAUAUUUUUCAGUUAAAUGACACCCCAUGGCAUGACUCAUCAGCUCUGUCUAUGAAUAUUGAAUCCAGCCAAUCAAAUCAUCCAUCAUCUUUCUGCUUAUCCUUUACAGCAGGGGUCUUCAACGUUUUUCAGGCCAAGGACCCCCAAACUGAUAGAGAGAUGGAGCA